AUGAAGAAGAGCAACCAGGCAGGACCGGGCCCUCAGGACCAGUCCCAUCCGGGCCCGCCGCAGCCGGACAAACUGGGCUGGCUGAGGAAGUUCUGCGGACGCGGGAUCUUCAGGGAACUCUGGAGGAGUCGCUACGUGGUCCUCAGAGGACAGCACUUGUUCAUAUCCGAGAAAGAGGUGAAGGACGAGCGUAAGGCCGGGGAGGUUUUGGACCUGGCCGACUACGAGCGCUCCGAAGAAGUGAGGAAAGCCAAAAGUCGCAGCAAGAAGAACCACAGCCGCUUCAUGCUCAUAAGGUGUCGACGGCCCGGAAACACGGUUCCCAACCUUCUUUUUCUGGCCGUCAGUCCCGAGGAGAAGGAAUCGUGGAUCAACGCGCUCAACGUCGCCAUCGUCAAGGCCAAAAACAGGGUUUUGGACCAGUUGACUAUGGACGAGCUGGUCUUGGUGCAUCCCACCAGAGACCGAGCCAAGAUCCCGCAAGGACGUCGCCUUCCCACCCGAGGACACCUCAUGACCGUGGCAUCGUCGUCUCACCACGGCACACUGACCCUUGACCUGGUGGCCGAGGAGGAAAACUUCCCCUCAUCCUGGGAGAAUGUGUUCCGCGCCAGUUCUGAAGGCCGACGUCAGCGCUCUGGGACGGAUGUGUCCAAACUGCGAGUCCGGACCGAGGAGCCCGUCAAGACGGGAAGUCUGCCCCGUGGUAGCGAGCGUUCCUGGGGGAAAUAUUCCCGUCCGGAAGCCUCUGAGGUGCACGAAAGCAAGCAGCUGCAGGUCCUCCAAAAGCAGUCCAGAACUCCUCAGCCUGGGAAGAAGAGCAACAUGGCGGGUCGGAACCGCUGCGCCUCUUUGGAUGAAGUCCUCUCCUCCAGACCGGCAAUGAUUCGUUCCGAGUUGCGUUGGGCUCUUAACCGACGACCGACAGAAGAGGAAGGCGGCGCCACGGUGCAGCCCGUAGGUCAACUGCAGAGUCUCAUCGCGCAGAAAAUGCAACGGGCUCAGGAACUGCUGGAAGAACUGCGACUGCAGGAACUGCAAAAGGCCAAAGCCGAGCGCGAGAAAGGAAGCGCAACGUCCGGGAAAGGGGUAGAGUCUCCUCGUCUUCAUCGCCUAAUGGGCGGGGACUCGCCGCAAACCAGGUCGUCUUCGUCCCCACGUAGCCGCGGCGGCGACUCUCCCGGAGUCCGACUGAAGGACUCGCCACGGCUGAGAGGUCGCGACUCUCCCCGCUCCAAGGGUCGCGGGAAUCGCUCCCGUGACGCCGAUUCCCCUCGGACCCGAGGUCCUCGGCCUUCCCCUCGCCGCAAAAACCGGGAAGCGCCCUCGGAAGCGUCCCGUCCGCCAGAAGCUCUGGCCGUCCCAGAUGGCGCAGAUUUGCCGGCCGAAUCGUCGCCCGGUACCGGCAAUGUUUCCUCAUCAGACGCCACCGAAACCGUCCAGAAAGCAGAUAGGGAUGAAGAAGCACUGGAAAAGCGGCGUGCGGAAGCGGAGCGCCUCCUGGUGGAGGCCAUGUGUUCCUGGCAGGAAGCGCGAGAAGUGUUGCGGGAGGUGAAGGAGCUGCAGAGUCACACGCUGCGACGCCAGCGCAGGAGGACCUACGAGAAGAUGACGAGCAGCGCGUCUGCCGAGGUCCGCUUGUCGCCCGAGGACGGGUCUGAGUCGCCUUGA